GUACUGUGUGCAGAGAUGGCAGUGAAUGUAGCAGUGAAUGCAGCAGCGAAUGUACAUUCAUAUAACCGCUAUGAGCUGCUGGCGUGGCUCAAUGACACGUUACAGACGUGCUUCACCAAGGUGGAGCAGGUAUGCACAGGUGCAGCUUAUUGCCAGCUGAUGGACUUGUUAUUUCCUGGCUCUCUGGAUCUUUCCAGGGUCCGGUUCCAAAGCAACAAUCAGGUGGACUCUAUCCACAACUACAGUUUACUGCAAGCUGCAUUCAGAAGAACUGGAGUCGUACGAUACGUCCCCAUUGAGGCUCUGAUGAAGAGGAACCCGACGGUGGCUCUGACCUUCCUGCAGUGGUUUAAGCUGUUUUUUAAUGAGAACAACAAGGGCAGGGAGUACCACGCCCUGGAGGCCAGAGGAGGCCAGAGCAUGGCUCCUACUGACUCAGAUGAUGUUUCCAAGACUCUUCAUCAGAAACUGGAGAUCAUUCUGAAGAUGGAAGCAAGAAAAGAGAAACCCAGAGACGAUCUGAACAGGACCGCAGAAAUGGUGGUGGUGAUAUCUGACGACGAUGAUGAUUUGAUGAUGGAUGUGUCGAAUGAGCAGAAAACAGAUAAAAUGGAGAUUCUAGAGCAAGAACAGGAGAAGGAGAGAGCAGAGCAAACAGAAGCAGCUGUGGACCAGAGAAGUGAACAAACUAGUUCUUGCAGCAGCAACACUUUGCAGAGUUUCAUCAGAAAAUACUGUUGUGAGAAUGUGGACUCUUCUGCCAUCAUAAGACCGUCCAUCCCAAAAGACGUCAUCCAGGCCUGCUCACUCACGCCGUACUGCCUCUACCUGUACAUGGGGGUAGAGCUGGACGGAGGACAAAGCGCAAGCGUCGUCCUGAUUGGCUAUUUUGACCAGAACUCAGGGGUCCGUGUGGUCAGGCUGCUGUGCACUCUGCAGAUGAGUGUGGAUCCGCAAACAUCUGUGGAUAUGGACACAGAUGCCGUACACUCUGAUUCACACUUUCUGCUUGACACACUGAAGACCUCCAACCUCUCUCUGUCUAACCUUGCUGUGUUUUACUGUAACGCCCCUCACCCACGGGAGAGCUGGGUGUUUGUGUCCGAGCUCAAGGCCCACAGCCCAGGGUUGGUGUCGCUCUGUGGCCUCCCUGGGAUAGCAGGAAGAGCCUGCGAGAUCGCACUUUCUGCUUCCUUUCCUUACCUAGUGGACUUUGUUGGAGACAUCCACCACCACUGCUCCACCCACCCCUCUGUUAAUGACAGUCUGAAGGAGCUGUUUGCUGUUGUAGAGUCGUACAACCCAUUGCACCCCGUCUCUGCACAGUGUUUAGUUUUCAUCCACACUGUGCGGAAGAUGGUCGGCAGUUGGAGGGAUUUAGUGAAGCAUUUUAACUCAGUGAGGCGCACGGCGGGGAUUGAACGAAUCAGAACCCAGCUGACAGAUAGUAAAGUUGAACUGCACUUCCUCUUCCUCUCCCAGUCUUUGGAGCCCCUUCAAUCUAUUGAAGAAGUGCAGCAGAAAGGUGAAGCCGACGUGUUCACGGAGCUCCAGCUGACCUCUGCUUUGAUUCAGUCAUAUGCAGCUAACAUUUUCCGGCCCUCCAGUGCUAAGCGCUUUGUCAGUAGACCAGAGCUUUAUCUCCUCCACAGUGACAGGGAGCUGCUCCCCACAUCAGAGAUUAACGUAGGCUCCAAUGCGAUGGACUUCUUGUGGGCCACUGCUGACGUGGAUCUUGAGGAACAGGAGAGGAGCGACUUCCUGAAGGCUGCAGUGACUUUCUAUAAAACAACGCUACAGAGCAUAGUACAGAGUGUCCCUCAGCAGCUUGGAAAAGUGAGCCUGAGGGGCAUCAACACAGUGCUGAAACACCCAGGGAAUAUCAAUGAUCCUCAGUUGUCCAGACUUGCGGUGUCAGAGUUGGGAGUUCAGCUGGGUCUGUGUAAAGUCCAAUCUCCAGAGAUGGAUCAGCUGGAACUCGACUACCUCAGUUUCAUUAAGACGCUGGAAGAAGAACAGACGAGCAAAACAGAAGGUUAUUGCUGGACAAAGGGCUUUAACAAGAUGUUGAACGGCAUUAGACCAUGUUCUGCUCUGCACAGACUCCUCCUGACCCUCCUUGCUCUUCCAAGCUCUCUCUGCAGGAAACAAGUGUUUUCUAAGAUGAUCGACAGCACCAAGGCUCCUCCUGACAACAAACAAACCCCCAAACCUCAACCAGGGAUGUGGACAGGAAGACCCCAUGUCCGCAGAAGGAAGCUUCCCAUCCUGGGAGGUUAUAGCAGCAAGAAGAAAGAAGAAGAGGAGGAUGAUGAGAGUUCAUCUGAUGAUGGUUUCAGUUUUGUGGACAAACACAGUCAACAAAAGACCAAAGACAACACGGAGGAGUCAGACCACACAGACAAUUCUUCUGAUGUGGUUGACAUCAGCGAGGAUUCCAAACUGUUUCACAUCAGCAGGCUAACAAAGGCAGAAGCCGAAUCAGGUCUACAGGCAAACUCACUUGUCUUGGACAGUGAUGAUGAUGAAGAUGAUGACGAAGAGGUUUCAAGGAGGAAACCCUCCAGAUCAGCAGGAUUCCUGGUAAAUAAGGAUUCGAACGGGGUGCUGGUCUGGGCUAUGGUGAAGGGAUUUGGUCUCUGGCCGGCCAUCAUCGAAGCCUGUGAGGAACAGAAGCUGUUUCAAGGAAAGGGGACAGUGGAGUGGUUUGGACAGAAAAUGUCUUCACAACUGAGUGAUGUCAGUUUGCUGACUCUGAAACCAUUUGCUGCCUUCGGCGAGUGCUUCUGUUCCAGCUCCUUCGCCACACUUGCCACCUACAAAGAGGCCAUUCUCCUGUCACUGGAGGAGGCAGCACUUCGCUGUAAGAAACGAUUUCCUGCGCCUCCCGAGGACAAAAAUAAGCUGCUGAUGCAGAUGUUAGACUGGGCCUUAGCAGGCUUUCAACCCACAGGACCAGACGGAUUCAAACCAACGGCUUCUGUAAAUGGUGAUGGUGAGAUAACCCACCAGCCGAAGGCAAAGAAGAACCUCUUCCUGAAAGCCUCCACUUCUCCUCACUCCGUCAACUCCUCCACUCCACCGAGCAUCAUGAGCACCGACGUGAAAGAAGUGGCUGCGUCUCUGAACGAAGGGAGAGGGGAAGAAGAGGUGGAUUCUGUGGGGAAAAGCACCAGAGGUGGAACGAAGGGGAAGGGAUCCAGAGGAGGAUUGGUGGCAGUGAGACAACAGAGGGGAGGAUGGGCAGGAGGUAAAGAUGACUGGGUGCGAGGGGGUGAGAAGCCAAAAGAAGGAUGGGGGAGAAAAAGGGGUAAGGGAGAAUGGAGAAGAGGGAGCGCACAGAGGAAGAAAAGCAGUGGGUUUGAUAACGACACAUCCCCGGACUUUGUGCCCUACAAGAGGAGGAACUUCACCAAAACUAACAAGGUCAAUGAGGUGACCAGCGUCUACACUCAGCCGGACCAGAAAGUCAGAGAGGAAACAAUUCGUAGGAUCACAGACAUGAAACUGGACAUCGAAGAUUUGUGUUUGUGCUGUGGAUCUGAGAGCGUGGAGAUGUCCCACCCUCUGUUUAAAGGAAGCCUCUGUUUAAAGUGUAAACGUAACUUCACAGAAACUCUGCAUCGUUAUGAUGAAGAUGGAUAUCAGUCCUACUGCACCAUCUGCUGCUACGGACUGGAGGUGAUCCUGUGCGGCAAUGACAGCUGCUGCAGGUCUUUCUGUGAGGACUGUCUGAACGUUCUCGUUGGUCCAGGGACGUUCGACUCAUUGAAGCUGCAGGACCCGUGGAUCUGCUUCCUGUGUCAGCCGCACCGAGCCCACGGCGCUCUGAUCCCCAGGGAGGACUGGAGCAUUCGUGUUCAGGAGGUCUUUGCCAACAACAGCGCCAUGGCGUUCGAGCCGCACCGUGUUUACCCGUCCAUCCCCGCCAACCUGCGCAGACCCCUUCGAGUCCUGUCGCUGUUUGAUGGCAUCGCAACAGGUUUCUUGGUGCUGAAGGAUCUCGGCUUUAAAGUGGAGAAAUACGUCGCCUCAGAGGUCUGUGAAGACUCCAUCGCUGUGGCGGCCGUCAACCACGAUGGGAAGAUCAUCCCUGUAGGCGACGCCCGUUUCAUCACCCAGGAACAUCUGGAGGAGUGGGGUCAGUUUGAUUUGCUGAUCGGUGGCAGCCCCUGUAACGACCUCUCCAUCGUCAACCCGUUCAGAAAAGGAAUCUAUGAGGGCACCGGCAGGCUGUUCUUUGAGUUCUACCGCAUCCUUCAGCUGCUGAAGCCCAAAGACGGAGACCCGCGGCCGUUCUUCUGGCUGUUUGAGAACGUCGUCUUCAUGAACACACACGACAAAGUCAACAUCUGUCGCUUCCUCGAGUGCAACCCGGUGGUGGUGGACGCAGUCAAAGUCAGUCCGGCCCACAGAGCUCGUCACUUCUGGGGAAACAUCCCGGGGAUGGGCAGGCCCAUUGCUGCGUCUCAGAGCGACAGGCUGAGUCUCCAGGACUGUUUAGAGGUCGGCAGAGAAGCCAGGGUCACUAAAGUGAGGACGAUCACCACCAAUGCAAACUCUCUGAAGCAGGGAAAAGAUGUGUCUCUGCUGCCUGUCCUGCAGAACGGUCAAGAGGACAACCUCUGGAUCACUGAACUGGAAAAGAUCUUUGGUUUCCCCAAACACUACACGGAUGUGCGGAACAUGAACCGGCAGCAGAGACAGAAGGUGCUGGGGAAGGCGUGGAGUGUCCCCGUCAUCCGUCACCUCUUCGCUCCCCUCAAAGACUAUUUUGCCUGUGAGGAGCUUUUGACCACGCCCACUUCACACUCCUCCGCCUCCCAGUUGCCGCCUGCCUCUCCAGGACUACAGCUCCUCAGAUAGAGGGAGGUCAGGUCUUGGUGAAGUGUGUGUGUGUGUGUGUGUGUGUGUGUGUGUGUGUGUGUGUGUGUGUGUGUGUGUGUGUGUGGAGGGUUUUUCCUUCUAUAUGAUUGAUAAGGAGAAGCUGGAGGACAAAUGGUCUCUUCUAUUCUCAGCAGCUCACAAACAGGCUUUUGUGGUUCCCUGACACGUGUUCAUUUUAUCUGCUGCGCCCUCGAGGCUCUUGCAUCAUGUCACACAUGUAGUUUCCGCAAAUCAGCCUCUUUGUGUUGGAUGAAAAAGAAAAUGCAGAUUAUUCUCCCUCUUCUCAGUUUUACUGAUAAUGUGAAAGGCCAUUAUCAAUGUUGCGUGAUGGUGACGAUGAAAGAAUUCAUCUGAUCUCAGCCUGUUGGGUCAAAAACCAUCUUCGCUGUUUGUCUGGUCAGUUUUAAACCUGAAUAUUAUGAGAUAAUAAAUGUGUCUACAUUAGCUAUUUUAAUGAUUUUAAUGAUUUAUAAAAGAACACGUGUGCAUGUUAAGUUCGUUAUUCACUGCUGCCUCAUUGGAGUUGUUUUUCAAAGUGUGAAUCAUGUUGAAAUCUGAAAGUAAUGUUUGUUGUUUCCAGGAGAAAAGAAGAACUGCAAUUUUGAAAAUCUCCAACACUUUAAAAAAAACUAUAUUGUCAAUAUUGAUGAAGAAGAAAAAAGGCAUUUGUGGCUUCAUAACCAAAGUUCACACUCUGACCUUUAACCAUGAUCAUGUUUUCACACGUCUUUUUUAUUUUUCUGAAUUUCUCUUGUCUAUUAUUAAUUCAGGGAAGUCUGGUUUCCAGGCAUUUUUAAGUCUUAAUUUGAAAGAACUGUGUGUGUGUGUGUGUGUGUGUUAUUUUAAACCAAUAAGACUGAUGGAAACUGCCAAAUUUGAUUGUUAUUGCCUAAGUGUGCUGCCAUUUUUCAAUACUGACAAACUUUUGAAUCUGAUUUUAAAUUUUAACGUUGAAUUAUCUUAGACCACUGAGGGGCGUGUCCUGUUGACUGAUUGUCGUAGAGAAUGUAAAUGCAGAUUAUGAGUUUGAUGAAUGGGUUUUGAAAAGUGUUCUGGGUGAGAGUGUCGAGGUGGGGGAGGGAUGUCAGGGUGUGAAACAUCUGUAGUGAAACAUCUUUGUGACUGUGAUCUCUGCACCAGAUACUAGUGAUAUUUAGUUUAUGUGGAAGUGUUUGAAUAUAGAACGAUGCUGCCUCUGCAUGUUGUGUAUUUGAGUUACUGAAUGGAAAUAAGACAUUUUAACUCGGUUAUGUUGACCAAUGCCAGAGAAAAUAAUAAAAACGAAUUUCAGAUGGA